CAAUCCAUCACCCCCGCCACGCGCGACGCUCUGGCCGUCUGUGAUGCGAGAAGUGUCCCCGAAGAACAUUUGCAUGAACAAACGAUCUAUUUUCCCGAAACAUCUCGAAGGGAUGGUGGAUCGUGGCAGGACGCCUACGCUCCGAAAGCUCCGGUGGAGGCUUGGGCUGUGGAAGCGCCUUCUGGUCCGGACGAGCACAAGUGGUGGUAUGUUUCGGAGAUGAAGCCGCACGAGGCAUUUUUGUUAAAGAUUUUUGAUUCGAAGAUGGAAGACGGGUUGGCGAGACGUGCGCCGCAUACGGCGUUUAGUUGGGAGGGGGAUUAUGGGCUUCCAAGGCAUAGUAUUGAGUGCAGAUGUUUGGUGCUGUGGGAGGAUUAG